AGGGACUUGGUUUAUUUCUUUACUGAACUCGUUAUUAUAGAAGGAUAUAUUAUCCCAGAUGAUUCCGCAAAUAUUAGCACGUUUGACACAUUAAGACAAUCAUCUUCUCUCUCACGAUACUAUCUCGGUAGCUACUUGCCAUCCUUCUUCCGACAAGAAACUACUUCAGCCUCGAUGUCUAUCUCCGGAUCACUUAAGGACGUCACAAAGACGCCUGGAUGGGCGACAUUGUCGGUCCAUGGUGGCCAGGAGCCGGAUCCCAUUAACGGCUCCCGUGCCGUGCCACUAUAUCAGACGGCGGCAUACAACUUUUCUGAUGCUGCCGAUGGCGCCAGCAAGUUUGCCUGGUCCAAAGAUGGAUACGUGUAUACGCGCAUGGGUAAUCCCACGAAUGCCGUUUUCGAACAGAGAAUGUCCAUGCUGGAAGGAGGUGUUGGUGCCGUCGCCACUGCCUCUGGUCACGCUGCGCAG